AAAAAAAACUCUCUCUCUUUUCCCAAAACAAAAAAAAAAAAAAAUGCAACCAUUUCCGUUAAUUUUCUCUCUCCUAACUCUCAACCUUUUCUUCUCACAACUUCUCCAACUCCAAGCACUCGAAACCUGCACUUCAUUUUCUUGCAACCAACGUGACCCGAUCCUUUUUCCAUUUUGGGUACCCAAAAACCAAACCUCUAGGUGCGGGUACCCGGGUUUCGAACUUUCUUGCAAUUCAUAUAGUCAAACCCUUCUUUCUCUCUCCUCUGACCCUCUCAUAGUACGUGGCAUAUCAUACCCUGACCAACUCUUAUGGGUAUCCGACCCGAAUCACUGCAUACCAAAACGGGUACUGAACCUAUCUCUCUCCUCUACCCCUUUUAGCUUCGGACCUUACAGUUCACCUUACACUUUCCUUAAUUGCUCCGGGUCUAAGAACCCGGCGCAACUUCCAAUGGGUAGUUCGGUAAUUUCGUGCUUGAGUGGGCCCAAUUAUACGGUGGUUGCUACUUAUGGUGGUGAAGCGGAGGAGAAGAUGGUUGUAAAAGGAGGAGAGUGGAGUUGUGAGAUUAUAAAAAGAGUAAACGCUGCGUUUUGGUGGAGAAAUAUGGGGUAUGGAAUUUAUCCUAGUGAUAUGAGUGAUGUGUAUGUGCAACUGAGUUGGGAUGUACCGAGUUGUGUUGAUUGUUUUAUGCGUGGUGGAUCUUGUGGGUUGGUUGGUGAUUCGGGCCUUCAAGUUGGCUGCUUUCUUCCGGCUUCUUCAGGUUUGCCAAAUAGUGCCAAAUACGGGUUAAUUCUAGGAGCUGGAAUACCAGGGCUUCUAUGCAUUGUUGGGUUAACAUUCUACAUCAGCAGCAGGAUCAGUGCUCGUAAUCAGAAUCGUCGUCCCACAAACACUGAAUCCUCUCCAUCAAUCUUCCCUCAACCAAUUAUCCUGACAUUAGGCCUCGAUGGACCUACCAUUGAAUCCUACCCGAAAACCAUACUAGGAGAAAGCAAGCGACUUCCAAAGCCAAGUGAUGGCACCUGCCCUAUAUGCUUGUCAGAUUAUCAGCCCAAGGAGACCUUGAGGUCAAUACCAGACUGUAAUCACUACUUCCAUGCUGACUGUAUAGAUGAAUGGCUCAGGAUGAAUGCUACAUGCCCCCUUUGCAGGAAUUCGCCUCCACAAUCCUCCGCGCUUGAUUCUUGCUAGCUCCUCUCCUCCCGUCCUUUAAAUCCAAUGUGAAUUGGAUUGUUCACUUUACUAUUGGUACUUGCGUUGGAUUCUCGACACUCCAAUAUGGGGGUAUGGUUACUUUAUCUUGGACCAAAGUCCUGGAAAAUUCUCAUGAAAUAACUGAGCCUGUCACUUAUCCGUGUCUAACAUGAGCAUAUUGGGUCCGAGUAACAUAGUAAUCAAGUCUCAAAUGUGUUGUCUGGAUCAUCACCAUUGAUUUAUUGUUGCUUGUAUAUAUACUAUAGUUUCAUUUUCUUUC